GCCGCCGUAGCGGCAGUAGCGCAGUAGCAGCAGCAGCAGCAGCAGCAGCAGCAGUAGUAACAGCAGUAGCAGAGUAGUAGUAGUAAUAUCAGUAGCAAUAGGAAAAGUAACGCUACGUUGGGAGUGUUGGUGGACUGCUUGCCGUACUUGAGCGCAAUCGUGCGGUAGAGUACUGCGAAACGGUGUGCGCGAAAGACGCAUUCUCGUGCGUUUGUCUUCCGACCUAGUUUUCGCACGACGCCUUCUCGAUUUUCGACAGUCUCUUUAGCUCUCUCUCUCUUUCUCUUUCUCUUUCUCUUUCUCCUCCUUUUCCAUUUUGCAACGAUGGCUCUUCGUAAGCACGGCCGGCCUCGCUCGGUGUUUGUGCGGAUCGAUCGCACAGCGGAAUGAUGUCGCCUUGUUUCGUGAGAAGCUCAUGUUGUUUCCGUGCUCCUUCUAUUCUUAUUCUUAUUUUUCUUCGUCGUCUUCGUCAUUGCGUCGUCGUUGUGUGUUCCAGCCUCUGAAACUUUUUCUUUCUGCUCUUUCUUGAUUAAAGAGAAAGGUAGAUAUAGAUAGAUAAAGAGAGAGAGAGAGAGAGAGAGAGAGAGGGAGAGGGAGAGAGAGAGAGAGAGUGUAAGAUAGAUAAAGAUUAUAGACAAAGAGAUAAGUUCAAACGGGAAAAAUGCAAGACACAGCAGACCACUCAUCCAAAUCGGUGCUUUUAAACACUUUCAUCGUGAAGAAGAAAAGAUGUCGUGUGUAUUUUCAUCGUGGCAUCCUCAUCUGGGAAACGGAAAGACCACCUUAUACAAGAUGGUCGCUUCCAAUGACGGACGUUCUGGCGGUACGUUACGGAGAUGAUUGGAUUCAUGGCGUUAAUGUCAAGGAAAAACAAGCGUCAACCUCGCCCACGUCGCCGAUAGUAUGCCCAACGAAUUUCAUUUUACAUUAUGCCGUGAGAGGAUCGAAAAACAAAUGGAGUCAUCACAGUGUUACUAUGAGCCAUACUGACCCUCGGCAGAUUGCUUCUUGGGUGAAAACCAUUCGAAAUUAUCUUUUAGGUAUGACGUAUCGUCCGCGGAAAGUGAUGUUAUUCGUGAACCCCAUAGGUGGUAAAAAAAAGGGGUUGAAAAUAUGGGAAAAAGAUGUACAACCUUUGAUGACCAUCGCUGGUAUUGAAACGAAAAUGGUGAUUACCGAAAGGGCAGGACACAUACGUGAAACUCUGCUUACGGCCGAUUUGAGCGACCUUCACGCGAUCGUCUGCAUCGGUGGUGAUGGUACCUUCGCUGAAGUCUUCAAUGGUUUGGUAUUGAGAGCUGCCAAGGAACAACAAAUCGAUCCAGACGACCCAGAAGCAAGAUUGCCAUCCCCCUCUCUACCUGUCGGUAUACCUAGCGGGAGUACUGAUACUGUGGCCUAUAGUUUGCAUGGUACGACCGAUGUGCAAACAGCGGCAAUACAUAAUUUUGGUGAUACCACUGGAUUGGAUCUCUCCUCCGUCCAUAGUAAUCGUUCCUUAUUAAGGCUCUAUGCGAGUGUCCUAAGCUAUGGAUAUCUCGGUGAUGUCAUACGUGAUAGCGAGAAAUUUCGAUGGAUGGGUCCUCAGAGAUACGAUUAUUCUGGAUUCAAAAAAAUUAUCGCCAACAAAGGAUAUGAAGGUGAAAUACAAUUACUUUCGGAUCCCUGUCAUCCGGCGGCAAGUACAAGGUGUAUGAAAAAUUGUUCAAGAUGUUUAACACAUGCACAUAGCAUUCCUGAUAAAGAAAUUUCGAGGUGGUUGACGGUCCAAGGUAAAUUUUUUAUGGUUAACGGUGCGAACGUUUCAUGCGCCUGUUCAAGAAGUCCAAUGGGUUUUAGUCCACAUUGUCACAUAGGCGAUGGUUGUGUCGACAAUUUGGUUCGGCAUACGUCCUUCAUAAACAAUAUUAGAAUGUUGCUGAGACUUUCUAGCAAACAAAAAACUCUGUACGACUUACCCUUCGUCGAGGUGUAUAGAGCAAGAGAAUUCACAUUCCGUGCCUGCCAACAUUGCAUUUGCAGAAAACUGAAAAAUGUUCAAAGGUCACAGAGAACUUCAGGCCUUAGCGUGUGGAAUUGCGAUGGCGAAGUGAUCGAAAAUUCUAAUGUCAAGAUAAGGGUACACUGCCAGUUGUUGAGUGUUUACACGAGAAGAGCUCAAGAUUCGGUUGCAGAUUCAUCGUCUUGUUUUGUUCCGUAUGAACACCGAGUUUUACUACUGGUACUAAAACAAAAGGGAAAAAGAAGAAGAUCAAGAAAGAAGAAAAAAAAGAAGAGAACAAGAAAAGAAGAAAAAGAAGAAGGAGAAGAAGAAACAGAAAGAAAAUAUCGCAAUGGAAAACACGAAUAAUUAGGAGAGAAUACAUUGCAAUUAGUAGUAUAGUAAUCCUUUCGAUGGCUUGCAAUGAUGGCAUCGAAAUCACAAAGUUCCUUUUCAAGCUUGCCCUCGAAAAUGACAUUUCGUCGUUAACGAUACCUAUCGAGUGAACUAGUAAAUCUUUGUAUCGUUUGAUGACGACAAAUGACCAUCGAAUACGUCCUCAAGAUAAAUUUCUAGAGUAGUUCUUAUGGCUCCCAUUAUUAAUUUGAAAGAGAGAAAGA